UCUCAGUCUAUCCCCGGGGAAGGCCAUGAACAUCAGUACCUGGUCCACGCUAGUGACCCCAGAGUCCUGCCACCGACUGGCGGCUAGCGGUCACAGCCUGCUCAUCGUCCUGCACUACAAUCACAGCGGCAGGCUGGCUAGCCGUGGGGGCCCUGAGGACAAUGGCGGGCUGGGGAUGCUGCGGGGGCCGUCGGUGGCAGCGGGCUGCCUGGUGGUGCUGGAAAACGCCAUGGUGCUGGCUGCCAUCGCCAUCCACAUGCGCUCACGGCGCUGGGUGUACUACUGCCUCCUGAACAUCACCCUGAGCGACCUGCUCACAGGCCUGGCCUACGUGGUCAACGUGCUGCUGUCGGGAACUCGCACCUUCCAGCUGUCACCUGUGCACUGGUUCCUGCGGGAGGGCCUGCUCUUCAUGGCCCUGGCUGCGUCCACCUUCAGUCUCCUCUUCACAGCCGGCGAGCGCUUCGCCACCAUGGUGCGGGUGGCUGAGAGCGGGGCCACCAAGACCAGCCGUGUGUAUGGCUGCAUCGGUCUGUGCUGGCUGCUGGCAGCUACCCUGGGCCUGCUGCCCCUGCUGGGCUGGAACUGUGUGUGCGCCUUCCAGCGCUGCUCUAGCCUGCUGCCCCUCUACUCCAAGGGCUAUGUGCUCUUUUGUGUGGUGGUCUUCGCCCUAAUCCUAGUGACUAUCCUGAGCCUCUACGGGGCCAUCUUUAGGGUGGUCCGAGCCAACGGGCAGAAGUCCCCGCGUCCUCCUGCCCGCCGCAAGUCCCGCAGGCUACUCAACACCGUGCUGAUGAUCUUGGUGGCUUUUGUGGUGUGCUGGGGUCCCCUGUUUGGCCUGCUCCUGGCCGACAUCUUUGGAUCUAAUGUCUGGGCCCAGGAGUACCUGCGCGGCAUGGACUGGAUCCUGGCCCUAGCCGUGCUCAACUCAGCCAUCAAUCCUCUCAUCUAUUCCUUCCGCAGUCGUGAGGUGCAGCACGCUGUGCUGACCUUCCUGUGCUGCGGCUGCCUCAGGUUAGGCCUGAGAGGCCCUGGAGACUGCCUGACCCGGAUCACCGAGGCCCACUCUGGGGCAUCCACCACUGACAGCUCGCUGAGGCCCAGGGACAGUUUUCGGACUUCGAGGUCACUCAGCUUCAAGAUGCGAGAGCCGCUGUCCAGCGUUUCCAGCAUCCGCAGCGCCUAGAGCUUGAACCAGCCGGUCGCCCACCGAGCAGGCCCUCCCAGGAGAGGUGAGAAGGGACUGGACACAAGAUCCUAGCCUGACGGUGAUUGAGAACAUACCUGCAGACCCCGGGUUCCUUCCACGAAACUCCCCAUGAUGAAUGUUUGGCAGGGAGUGGCCAGAGCCAGAUCCAGUGAGUCUGGGCCUCGAUGGGGCUCCCAGGCAGCGAACGGGGUGUCCAUGUCCGAGGUCAUGGACAGGACAGUGCCUUAUGGUUAUUUCUUAGACACAUGUGUGCUGUGACCAGGAUGCUGUAACAUGUCUCUUGGUCACAGUGCUUUGGGGGUGUGUCACUGGCACCCAGUGCUUUGGGGGUGUGCUGGGAUGGGGUACACCUGCACCAUUUGUUUGAAGGCAACCUGAUGUGUUGUAAGAACUACAGGAGGGGCUGGGGGCACCCCAGUCUGUCAUCCAUUCCUCUUCUCAGUGACUUCCCCAUUGGGACAAGCAACCUGCCCCCAUGGCCUCUCUCCUCCGGGUUCUCUAUCUCUCUGUGGGGAGAUAGACCCACCCACCCGAGGUCUGGGGCAAUCUCAACUGGUCCUGUAACCCUACAGCCUCGCCCUUCCGGUUCUGAAUCACCAAGAUAUGCUGUGACAGGAAGCUGUGGACUCUACCUUGUGACAGUACAGCUGCGAACCACGCAGGGCUGCGUAAAAUGCAUUAAAAUGAGUGAAA